GUUGUUGGAGUGGGCGUUAUGAAAGUUGUGUGGUACCUGGCUAGGCGUGUAGUCAUGUGAUAGUACUGACAGAUGAAACAUAACAGCAUCUCCAGGAUAGAAGCUUCAGAUUUAGGCGUCACAGCCUCGAAGAGAAGAUUCCUUCCAAAUAUAUCCAAGGCCUUAAAUAAAUCUCGUCAAAAUGACACUACUAAUAGAUGUCCAAGGCAAGAUGUCCCCAAAACUCGUCCAGAACCAAGGUCAACUAGGUCCUAUCAAAACGAUACUCAGCGUUCGGGAUGCCAAAGUACAAGACCACAAUUUGUUCACAGUUAUUCAAUCUUUGAAACUGGAAUAGGCUGUAUCACUAAACCAGAUAGGAAUACUGUUGAGCUAUGUGAAACAAAAGAAGCUGUUUUGCCACAGACUGAGGCCAUGGAGUUUGCUGAAACAGAAUCCAACUUAAAUCCUCUCAAUCAAUGUGAAGCAUUUGUAACAGAUAUUAAACAAUUAUUUAAAAAUCCUCCAAUUAUAAUGCAUGAUUCUGCUGCUGGUCAAGAGUUUGAUUUAGAUCCUUUUAGAGAUUUGGAUUUAUCUGAUGGAUGGAGUUCUAAAUUUCCGUUUGAUUUAUUCUCCGAUGUUACUACUUCAGGCAGACUAUUUACCUUACAACUACCAGAUAAAUUGUUACCACCGGAUAAUGAGGAAAUAAAAGAAGGUUUAUUCGGGAAAAUACAAUUAUUAGAUAAUCAAGUAGUUCGUCUAGUUGUUGGUGAUGCUCGAUUCAAUUUAUCUUGUCCACGUCCAUUGCCUAUAGCUUCUGAUGUUGUACUUGUGAAUCAGGAUAAUCCUGAGGUCAUUUGUUUGGAGUGUAUAGGUCAUGUAGAACAAACUAUGGCAGCCGUUCCUGACUUGGAAACUUAUGUACAGUUGGGCAAAUAAAUUGUCAAUCUACGUUAAAACUGUACAUAUAAGCAUUCAAUUAAGUGUACAAAUAAAUGUCUGCUGUUUAUCA